CUUUGACCGGCGUGUGUGUGUGUGUGAGUGAGUGAGAGAGAGAGAGAGAGAGAGAAAGUGUGUGUGUGUGUGUAUGUGUGUGCGCGCAUGUGCCAGUCAGUGCUCCUGCGCUCAAAGCUGACUCCAUGCUUAAACCCAAAGAGUAAAGUCGAAACAUCAAAAUCAACAACAACAACAACAACAACAGCAAAGGUGCUCGGGUGUCCAGAAGUGGAUUAGGAGCUCAUUGUGGCGAUGAAGUUUUUUGGGUGCGGGUGCGACGCGAGGACCCGGGACGCGCGCGCGCAGUGAAAAACGCACGGAAAAAAGAGGUGUUUAGUGUGGUGACCACUAAAGGACCCCUAUGAGGUGAUUCCCACCUCAGCCACCCUCAGGCCCCCCACCUAACGUCAGCAGCAGCACGACUAAGGGAUGUCACAGGCGUUCAUUCUGAGCGUGAUCAUUUUCUUCGCCUGCACCCAGGUGUCCUCUGCCUUGUCCAUGAAACUUUUAAUGAGAGAGUGGAUGAAGUACGAAGAGGAGUGUCUCAGGAAUAACAGCGGAGAACCACCAGCCAUGGGUUUCGUGUGUAACAGGACAUUCGAUAAAUAUGCCUGCUGGCCAGAUGGUUUGCCCAACACCACGGUGAGCGUCCCCUGCCCCAAGUACCUGCCCUGGCACACAAAAGUCCAAAAUGGCCUGGUGUAUCUGGAGUGCAUGGCCGAUGGCCAGUGGGCCAAACAGAAGAACGCAAGUGAGUGUGAAACAAACGAUCAGGCCCAGACUGACACGCAAUACUAUUUCAAGAUCCUCAGUAAAUUCAGGAUCGUAUACACCGUUGGUUAUUCUCUCUCACUGGGAGCGCUGGUGCUGGCACUCGGUAUCCUGGUGGCUUUCAGGAAGCUGCACUGCAUGAGGAACAACAUCCACAUGAACCUGUUCGCCUCCUUCAUCCUCCGAGCUGCUGCCAUUUUCAUCAAAGACGCCUUGUUGGAGAGACCCCACAUCAACCCGGGCACCACCACGGACCUCGAGAUGGAGCUGUUCGUCAAGAACGAAGUUUUACAGCCAGAUGUGGGCUGCAGGAUUGGUGUAGUGAUGAUGCAGUACAGUAUCAUAGCAAACAGCCACUGGCUGCUGGUGGAGGGGAUAUACCUACACAACCUGCUGGCUGUCACCGUGCUGACUGAGGGGAACCACUUCAGCAUCUACCUGUGCAUCGGCUGGGGAGCUCCACUGAUCUUUGUUCUGCCCUGGAUCGUUAUGAAAUAUAUCUACGAGAACGAGAAUUGCUGGGAGCAGAACAUAAACAUGGGGUACUGGUGGAUUAUUCGGUCUCCCAUCCUACUGGCAGUGCUGAUCAACUUCUUCAUCUUCAUACGCAUCAUUAAGAUCCUCGUGUCCAAGCUGAGGGCUCACCAAAUGAGAUACUCCGACUACAAGUUCCGGCUGGCGAAGUCCACCCUUACGCUCAUCCCCCUGCUUGGUAGCCAUCUGGUCCUGUUUUCCUUCGUCACCGAUGAGUCUACCUCGAACGGCGCCAUCACCCUGCGGCUCACGAAACUCUUCAUCGACCUCGUCUUCAACUCCUUCCAGGGGCUGCUGGUGGCCAUCCUGUACUGCUUUGUCAACAAAGAGGUUCAGUCCGAGAUCAUGAAGUUCUGGAAGCGCUGGAGGGGGAAGGACAUCGACGAAGACUACCGUCACACCUAUAGCAACACGGCUCAGGUGUCCAACAACAAACACGUCCAAGCCGCUUCCAGCAAGCUGAGGCUGCAGGACGUCUCGUGCUCGAGUUCGGUCGUCUGCACGUCUGAGGAGAAGCAGCUGCUGGCGCUCAACUGCCAUAACGGCACGGACCGCCUGCGCUUCACUUCCAAGGCACCGGACAGUACCAGCAGCUCCAACGGCACGCCGGCCGAAGAGCCGAUGGUGUGCAAUCAGGACCCACGAGGGAGCAUCGAGAGCAACAUGUGAGGACACGCAUGUAUGUAUGUGUGUGUGUGUGUGUGUGUGUGUGUGUCAGUGAUUCUCACACACUCUCGGCUCCGAGCCGACGGUCCGAGCGAGCAGCACCGUGACGGGUGUAAUGUGUAUUUGAGAGUGUGUGCAUGUGUGUGUGUGAUGUGUAAGUGUGUGUGAGCACCUCAGUGAUCGCUCUACGCUGGUGUGAGCUGCCCAUCUCAUGUGAAAAGAAAAAAAAAAAGAAAGAAAAUAAGUGUUCGGUUGUAACACACACCACCACACCGUCAUCACACCACCGCUGCGUCUUCAGCACACGGACCGGAACGGACCUGAAAAGAAAAAAAAAAUACAAAAACCUCAAUGAAACUUACAACAUGAACCUCAGACGGACACAGCAACCCGGACUGUACCUUUUCACCUCGGAUAACGGUCAACGGUCCGGAUCGAUCCGACUGCGGAUCAUGGAUUCUUCGACGUACAUACCGAAGUGUGAAUGAAGGAGAGGAAAUACAGCACUCGCGUAGGAUCUCCGGUGGUGUUUCCGGGUCCACUCUGACAGGACAGUGGUUCUGAAAGCCAAAUCAUGAUUAUGAACGAUUGCUUAGUAUUUAAAGAAAUGAUUUGUGACCAAGAACGUAAAAAUGAAAUGGACCGUCUCUAGUUUUAUCUUCAAUGUCGUCUCGGAGAACGAAAGGCGCUUUUUUUUUGUGUCAUUUGUGUAACUUGUCAGGUUUAAUUAUUGCCAUUGGGUUUUUUUUUUUCUAUACGGUCUCAAACAGACGAAGAUCGGUGCGAUUGAACGAUCUACUCAUGCAGUUCGGAAGGUGUGCCUUUUUUUCCCCCCAGAUGUGUAAAAAAAAAAAAAAAAAAAAAACACAACAAA